AUGCAUCGCUUUGUAGAGAAGUACUCUUCCUCGCCCUUCCAAAUGCCACUGGAAAGUGGUGCCGUCGACAUGUGCGGCAAAUGGGACGCUGCUCAAGAUCUUGCUUUUCCAACAUUCGAUAUUCCUGACGUCCACAACCCCGUCGACUUUUUGAGAAGUGUCACCGAUGAAGACUCGCCUGACUACAAGAUCAAGAUUCAGCAUGGCACCACAACGUUGGCUUUCCAGUUCCAGGGCGGUGUCAUUGUUGCUGUCGACUCUAGAGCUACCAUGGGCAACUAUAUCGGCUCGCAAACCGUCAAGAAGGUUAUUGAAAUCAAUCCUUAUUUACUCGGCACAAUGGCUGGUGGUGCUGCAGAUUGUCAAUACUGGGAACGUGAGUUGGGCCGUCGUUGUCGUCUCUACGAGCUCCGCAACAAGGAGCGUAUCUCGGUCGCUGCAGCAUCCAAAUUGCUUGGUAACAUGGUAUACUCUUAUAAGGGCAUGGGUCUUUCUAUGGGUACCAUGAUCACUGGUUGGGAUAAAACCGGUCCAAAUCUCUUUUACGUGGAUUCAGAUGGUCAGCGAUUGAAGGGUGAUUUAUUCUCAGUUGGAUCUGGUUCUACAUUUGCAUACGGUGUACUUGACAGUGGUUACGAUUUUGAUUUAUCCGUUUCUGAUGCUCUUGAACUUGGCAAGCGAUCAAUCUACCAUGCAACGCACCGAGAUGCCAUGUCUGGUGGUUCUGUCAACUUAUAUCACGUCACUGAGAGUGGAUGGGAAUACCACGGCAAUCAUGAUGUUGGACCCCUUCAUUACGAAUACCAGGAUGAGUUGGCACGAAGCAGGCAAUAA